AUGAGUCCCAACUACAAGUUCGAAAUUACGCCCGAGGACGAGGCCAGCACACGCCAAUACCUCUAUCGCCAAUUUUCUAUUACACCUCCUCUGGUCUCACCACAGGAGGUUGACUUGACUGGCAAGACCGCUGUCGUCACCGGAUCGAACGUAGGACUUGGUUUGGAAUGUGCCCGUCAAUUACUUGACCUCAAACUGAGCAGACUCAUUCUUGCGGUCCGGUCAAAAGCUAAGGGGGAGAAGGCUCGUUCGGAUCUGCUUGCGAGCUGUGGACUUGCGCCGAGUGCUAUUGAAGUCUGGAACUUGGAUCUUUCUGAGUAUAACUCGAUCAUCAAGUUUGCUCAGCGUGCUCAGGAGUUGGAUCAUCUUGAUAUCGUCGUCAUGAAUGCUGGUCUUUACAAGGUAGAACAGACUUUCAACUCCUCUACUGGAUUCGAGGAGGACAUCCAAGUCAACUACAUCUCUACAGCCUUGUUGACCAUUCUCUUGCUGCCGAUCCUGAGGAGCAAGCGGUCUGGCCCAAACCCUGGCCGCCUGACUAUCGUUUCGUCUGAUACAGCAGGUUGGGCCAGGUUCGAGGAGAGAGACUCCGAUCCUAUCUUCUCCGCGUUCAAACAUUUACCUAGAGCAUCAAAUACAUGGAACAUGCAAGAACGAUACUCCACUUCCAAACUGCUCGGACAGCUUUUUCUCUGCGAGUUGUCCGACCACCUCGAUCCGUCAGAGGUCAUCGUCACCGCAUGUAACCCUGGUUUCUGUUACGGCUCUGACCUCCAACGAGAGGGCAAUGGUACCAUCUUUGGCCUUCUAGUGCGAGUCUUCACGCGAAUAAUUGGUCGAACAACUUCCAUUGGUGCUCGAUCGAUCACAGCUGCUGCUACGAGAUUUGGGCAAGAAGUACAUGGACAAUACGUCGAGGACUGUGAGAUACAUCCAAUGGCACCCCUCAUAUAUCAGCCGAAUGGCAAACGCAUAGCCAAGCAGCUGUGGGAAGAAUUGCUAAAAGAACUUUCCUUUGCAGGUGUGCGGGAUAUCAUGUUGGAAUUGGGAGAGUGA